CGGACCUUUCCAGCUCGGGCUCCGGCUGCUGUUGUUGCAGCGGUGCCCGCGCUCCGGUGCGCUCAGCCUCCUGGGCCAGCCGCGGAGGGCAGUCCACGCGCACGCUGUGCGCUCUCGGCCGCUCUCCCUGAGCCCGCCGCGAUGGGAGCUGCUCGGGGAAUCCGGGGCAGCCCCCGCCGGUUGCCUCUGCUCAGCGUCCUGCUGCUGCCGCUGCUGGGCGGUGCCCAGAUGGCCAUUGUCUUCAUCAAGGAGCCGUCCUCGCAGGAUGCACUGCAGGGGCGCCGGGCGCUGCUUCGCUGUGAGGUCGAUGCCCCGGGCCCAGUGCACGUGUACUGGCUGCUCAACGGGGCUCCUGUCCAGGACACAGAACGGCGGUUUGCCCAGGGCAGCAGCCUGAGCUUUGUGGCUGUGGACCGGCUGCAGGACUCCGGCACCUUCCAGUGCGUGGCUCGGGAUGACACCACUGGAGAGGAAGCCCGCAGUUCCAACGCCUCCUUCAACAUCAAAUGGAUUGAGGCGGGUCCCGUGGUCCUGAAGCACCCUGCCUCGGAAGCCGAGAUCCAGCCACAGAUCCAGGUCACACUGCGUUGUCACAUUGAUGGGCACCCUCGGCCCACCUACCAGUGGUUUCGAGAUGGGAGUCCCCUCUCCGAUGGUCAGAGCAACCACACAGUCAGUAGCAAGGAGCGGAACCUGACCCUCCGGCCGGCCAGCCCUGAGCACAGUGGCCUCUACUCGUGCUGUGCUCACAAUGCCUUUGGCCAGGCCUGCAGCAGCCAGAACUUUACCUUGAGCAUUGCUGAUGAGAGCUUUGCCAGGGCGGUGCUGGCUCCCCAGGAUGUGGUAGUGGCGAGGAACGAGGAGGCCAUGUUCCACUGUCAGUUCUCAGCGCAGCCACCCCCGAGCCUGCAGUGGUUCUUUGAGGAUGACACUCCCAUCACCAACCGCAGUCGUCCCCCACACCUCCGCAGAGCCACUGUGUUUGCCAACGGCUCCCUGCUGCUGACUCAGGUCCGGCCACGCAACGCAGGGGUGUACCGCUGCGUGGGCCAGGGCCAGAGGGGCCCACCCAUCAUCCUGGAGGCCACGCUGCACCUGGCAGAGAUUGAAGAUAUGCCGCCAUUUGAGCCUCGGGUGUUCACAGCUGGCAGUGAGGAGCGAGUGGCCUGCCUGCCCCCCCAGGGCCUGCCGGAGCCCAGGGUGUGGUGGGAACAUGCAGGAGUCCAGCUGCCCAGCCACGGCAGGGUCUACCAGAAGGGCCACGAGCUGCUGUUCACCAGUACUGCCGAGAGUGAUGCUGGUGUCUACACCUGCCAUGCAGCCAACCUGGCUGGUCAGCGGCAGCAGGAGGUCAACAUCACUGUGGCCACUGUGCCCAUGUGGCUGAAGAAGCCCCAAGACAGCCAGCUGGAGGAGGGCAAGCCUGGCUAUUUGCACUGCCUGACUCAGGCCACACCAAAGCCCGUGGUUGUCUGGUACAGAAACCAGAUGCUCAUCUCAGAGGACUCACGGUUCGAGGUCUCUGAGAAUGGGACCCUGCGCAUCAACAGCGUGGAGGUAUACGAUGGGACCUGGUACCGCUGCGUGAGCAGCACCCCGGCUGGCAGUAUUGAGGCCCAAGCCCGCGUCCAAGUGCUGGAAAAGCUCAAGUUCACACCACCGCCCCAGCCGCAGCAGUGCAUGGAGUUUGACAAGGAAGCCACGGUGUCCUGCUCAGCCACAGGCAGAGAGAAACCCACUAUUAAGUGGAUACGGACAGAUGGGAGAAGCCUCCCAGAGUGGGUGACGGACAAUGCCGGGACCCUGCACUUCUCCAGGGUGACCCGCAGUGACGCCGGCAACUAUACGUGCAUUGCCUCCAAUGGGCCGCAGGGCCAGAUCCAGGCCCAUGUCCAGCUCACUGUGGCAGUGUUCAUCACCUUCAAGGUGGAGCCAGAGCGCACGACCGUGUACCAGGGCCACACAGCCCUGCUGCGCUGCGAGGCCCAGGGCGACCCCAAGCCGCUCAUCCAGUGGAAAGGCAAAGACCGCAUCUUGGACCCUGCCAAGCUGGGACCCAGGAUGCACAUCUUCCAGAAUGGCUCCUUGGUGAUUCAUGACGUGGCCCCUGAGGACUCAGGCCGCUACACCUGCAUCGCAGGCAACAGCUGCAACAUCAAGCAUACAGAGGCCCCCCUCUAUGUCGUGGACAAGCCGGUGCUGGAGGAGUCGGAGGGCCCGGGCAGCCCUCCGCCCUACAAGAUGAUCCAGACCAUCGGGCUGUCGGUGGGCGCUGCUGUGGCCUACAUCAUCGCUGUGCUGGGCCUCAUGUUCUACUGCAAAAAACGCUGCAAGGCCAAGCGUCUUCAGAAGCAGCCGGAGGGCGAGGAGCCCGAGAUGGAGUGCCUCAAUGGCGGGCCUCUGCAGAAUGGGCAGCCCUCGGCAGAGAUCCAAGAAGAAGUGGCCUUGACCAGCUUGGGCUCUGGCCCAGCAGCCACCAACAAACGCCACAGCACGAGUGAUAAGAUGUACUUCCCACGGACCAGCCUGCAGCCUAUCACCACACUGGGGAAAAGUGAGUUUGGAGAGGUGUUCCUGGCGAAGGCACAGGGCUUAGAGGAGGGGGUAGCAGAGACCCUGGUGCUUGUGAAGAGCCUGCAGAGCCGGGACGAGCAGCAGCAGCUGGACUUCCGGAGGGAGUUUGAGAUGUUUGGGAAGCUGAACCAUGCCAACGUGGUGCGGCUGCUGGGGCUCUGCCGGGAAGCCGAGCCCCACUACAUGGUGCUGGAGUAUGUGGACCUGGGAGACCUCAAACAGUUCCUGAGGAUUUCCAAGAGCAAGGAUGAGAAAUUGAAGUCACAGCCCCUCAGCACCAAGCAGAAGGUGGCCCUGUGUACCCAGGUCGCCCUGGGCAUGGAGCACCUGUCCAACAACCGGUUUGUGCACAAGGACCUGGCCGCUCGCAACUGCCUGGUCAGCGCCCAGAGACAGGUGAAGGUGUCGGCCCUGGGGCUCAGCAAGGACGUAUACAACAGUGAGUACUACCACUUCCGUCAGGCCUGGGUGCCGCUGCGCUGGAUGUCCCCCGAGGCCAUCCUGGAGGGCGACUUCUCUACCAAGUCUGACGUCUGGGCCUUCGGUGUGCUCAUGUGGGAAGUGUUCACCCAUGGGGAGAUGCCCCAUGGUGGGCAGGCAGAUGAUGAAGUGCUGGCAGACUUGCAGGCUGGGAAGGCUAAACUCCUGCAGCCGGAGGGCUGCCCUUCCAAGCUGUACCGGCUGAUGCAGCGCUGCUGGGCCCUCAGCCCCAAGGACCGGCCCUCCUUCAGCGAGAUCGCCAACACCCUGAAAGACAGCCCCGCUGACAGCAAGCCGUGAGGAGGACGGCCAGGCAAGCUGUGCCUCAGGACGGUGUGGGCAGGGGAGGACCUCUUGAGGGGUGCCUGCAGCAUGAUAGGCAAGCUCCCCGUCCUCCUCAGCCCUUGGGGCCUCCACCCUGGCACAAUAGGCAUUGCUGAGGCCUGGGCAGGGCCUAGGCUUUCCUCUUCCUCACCCUCAGCCCUCAGGGAGGCUGAUUCGGACCCAGACUGGGUGACAAGGGCCUUAGGCUGGGCAGCUUUCUCUGCCAUCCCAUCCCCAAUCA